CUCCCACCGGACCAAUAUAAUACGUCGGAGCUGUCGCGCCGGCGCCGGUGCGCGGUACGAAAGCAAUAAACCAAGACUCCACAAAAACGUUGACCAAAAAGCAUGAACAGACUUUACUUGAUGACCAGUUUUGGUUACAUUUGGAGAACCUGCGUAGCCUUUUGCAACCAGUUGUGCAUUGGAUCACAUAUUUGCAGGGUGACUACAAUAGCAUUGAAUUCUUCCACAGAAGCAGAGUUAAUUCGGCAGAAAUUUAAAGACUGAAAGUUACAUGCCUUAAAGCCUAUUCAUUUGGCAGCUUGUCUCCUGGAGCCCAGAAGCCA